AUGGGUAACAGCUUGUCUGUUGUCCCAAAAUUUGGUGAGGGCAGUCAGCAGCCCAAAGAACCACCUAGAAAUACGGCUGCGAGUUACAUGGUUUCGAAGUAUGGACCUGAUGCAAGCAAGAAAUUGAAUAAAUGGCAAACAGUGACAAAGGCCAAUCCAAAGUCUGUUUUAAGCAAAGCAGGUCGAGAGAUUGAAGAAGUCUUCAACCAAAGGCUGGAGGAUUGCACCCGAAGAAAAACCAGGUCAGAAUGGUCCAGAACGGGAGACUGGGAAGAACCAGAGAAAGCUCGUGGCCCCAGCCCCGCCCCCGUCCCCCCACCCCACCCCCCACGGCCGGAUACCGAGGAAGCCUGUCUUGGACACUUUCUUCGGGGAGCCCCGGAAGAGUUCGCUUCGCGCUGCUCUUCUGGUCUCUCUCGGCCCCGGUGGCGGCUGCGGCUGCGGCUCGUUUACCGCCGCUUCGUUUCCCUCCGCUCCGUUCUUCGGGUUUCCGGGCCAUCCUCUGCUUUUGUGCCUUUCGGGCUUCAGCAGAGUGCCCAGCAGAUCCAUGCCACAGAAAAGGAGUUGGUGACAUUUGAGGAUGUGGCUGUGUAUCUCUCAAAGGAGGAAUGGGGGCUACUGGACCCUGCUCAGAGGAGGCUCUACAGGGACGUGAUGCUGGAGAAUUAUGGGAAUGUGGCCUCGUUGGGAGUUCCGGUUUCCAAACCUGACUUGAUAUCCCAGCUGGAACAACGAGAUCUGCCAUUGGUACCAGAUCUCCCGCAAACUGAAAUUGAAGACCUCUUUGAUGAGAAAUUAGACAUUAACUUCAUUAUGUCUUCCAAACGUCCAUCUGAUGAUAGUGGCUCUUCGGAGAAAAAAAUCCAGCGCAAAUCUAUCUCUUUGGAAAAGAAAAUAGAGAUCAUCAAACGAGUAGAAGCUGGAGAGAUGAAGAGUGAAGUGGCCCGUUCAUUUGGCCUGGCACAGUCGACCUUAAAGUCCAUUUUAAACCAAGCAGACAGAGUGAAGGCCUCUGUGCACAAUUCCAGUAACCUCACUGCUGCCAAGGUGACUCGAAUCCGAAGUAGUGUCAUGGAGAAAAUGGAGAACAUGUUAAGUAUUUGGGUGGACAACAUGGUGCAGCAUCAUAUGCCACUGAGCCAGGCAUUGAUCAUGCAGAAGGCGUUGAGUUUAUUUGAUCAUUUGAAAGCACAGGCAGGCGAGGAAUCCGGCAAAACUUUCGUGGCUUCCCGGGGGUGGUUUGAGAAGUUCAAAAAGCGAAAUAAAAUUAAUAGCAUUCGCAUCAUGGGAGAGAAUUCCAAUGCUGAUAUUAAAGCGGCAGCAGAAUUCCCUGCAGUGCUCAAGGCUGCUGUUGAGAGAGGAAACUAUUCUCCAAAUUUAGUUUUCAAUGUGGGCGAGUCUGGGCUAUUCUGGAAACGCUUGCCUUCCAGAGCUUUCCUUUCCCAAGAAGAGAAGGAGCCUGCAAGCAUUAAGGCUGCUAAAGACCGUUUGACCAUUCUGCUAGGUAGCAACGCCUCAGGCAACAUUAAGUUGAAGCCUCUCCUGGUCUACCACUCUGAGACACCUAAACACAUGAGAGGUUUUUCUAAACUUAGUCUGCCUGUAAUCUGGAAGUCACACAGGAAGGCCUGGGUGACAGUGGAGAUGUUUAAUGACUGGCUCAUUAAUCAUUUUUGUCCUGUUGUUCAAUGUUAUUGCACAGAAUAUGGAUUUGAACCCAAAGCACUGUUAGUCUUAGAUAGUUCCAUGGGCAGCAUUUCCAAUUUUGAUUCGCUCCAGACCUGUAUUCCCAUUGAGGUCUUGUUUCUUCCACCAAAUACAGCCUCCCUUUUGCAGCCCAUGGACCAGGGUGUCUUUGCGGUAUUUAAAGCUUACUACCUGCGGUGUGCAUUUGGUCAGCUGCUCGAGGCUAAUAAUAGUAAUAAGCAACGUUCUGUCAGGGAAGUUUGGAGGGAUUACAACAUUAUGAAGGCAAUUGACAGCAUCAGAAUAGCCUGGGCAGAAGUGAAUAGCCAUUGCUUAAGUGGGGUUUGGCGCAAGGUAUGGCCUGAUUUAGCAAAUAGUUUCUUUGAGGUAGAGUCAGAAAUUUUGGCCAUUACCACAGAGGUCGCACAUUUGGCAAAGCUGGUAGGCUGUGAGGAGGUCACCCUUGAUGAUGUACAGGAGGUUUUGGAGAGCCCUGGGGAUGUACCAAAUGAGGAAUCACAGGCGUCACCUGACCAAGGCUUUGUGGAAGAAAAAGUCAACAUCAGUGAUGACAGCAAAGAAACUAGCCCAGGGAGAGUGUUAACGACAAAGGUUCUGUCCGACUGCUUGGCUGAGGUCUCGCACGCAUUGGAGGUUUUGUCAGAGAAUGAUCCUGACUGUGAGCGAAGCUGUUCAGUCAAGCGGACUGUUUUACAGGCUCUGGACUGCUACUCAGAGAUGCUCCGGGACAAAAAGAAGGCACGCCCGACUAACUUGGAAGUCUUCCUAAUGAAACCCAGCCCUCGGCCACAAGAGUCUCAGCCAGGUCCAUCUGCCACCCUACGCAACUCGUGGCCCCAUAGCUAGUACUCCUGCCAGUGCAGGGACACAAGCCCAGAGUAAAAGCUGCUCUAUUGAAUUGUUUUUGGUUUAGUGAGUUGUACAUUUUGAAAGUCUCCGUUAAAUAUAAAACCUUAUAUUAAUGUUAAGUGAUGUUGGCAUAUUAUAAUUCUUCAAGCCCUGUGACAACCUAGAACACAACCCUGAACCUCUGGGAUAGGAUACUAUCGUAUCCUACAGAGAUGUAUGAACUGAAGUUUUCCUUGGCCUCUUAGACUAAAGUUUUUGUUCCUAGUUGGUGCUGUUUGAUUGCCAAUACCUGUAAUUCAGGUUUGUUUAUUUGUUUUUCCUAGAAUGGACAAUGAUCUUAGAAGCUGUCAUUUAGCCUGCUUAAGAAGAAUAAAUUACUACUAUUUUUCUAGCUAUACCUAAAGACUAAGAAAAGAAGAUACCAUUCUGAGGACAAGCGGGGAUAGACGAUGAUGAACCUGUAUGUAUGCUGGUAUAGGGAACUUCAAGGUGAGGGAACUCCUUCCAAUGCUUAAGUGACUUGGCUGAGGUCACAUAGCCAGUAUGUGCCAAAGGGCAGAUUUGGAUUCAGGGUUUCCAGGCUUUAAGGUCCCAGAGCGCUCCAGCCACUGACACAGUACCUCUCAUGGCACCAUUUGAAACAAGAUAUACACGUGCAUCUUGAAUAAGCUUCUACUACUAGAUUUCUCCUCCUCUUAAUCACUCCUGAUUAAAAUCUUGAAUAUCCCGCUCCUUCUGUGGAAACUCUAACUUCCAAGUCCCUCUUUAGGGCUCUGAGCCAAGUACCUCUUUUAUUCGUUGAUUGAAUACACAUCUCUUGUGGUUCCUUUGAGCUUCCAGAAUCGUCUCUGGAAAGCAGUUGUAAUUGUCUCUGUCCUUUCCCUGGGUCAUAUCUACUGAACACUCAAAUGAUGACUGCCAUCUUGAUUCCCAUGAAUUGUGUGUUCCCCUAGUUGGGGAGAAAUGGGUAUAAGAGUGAAGUCUGGCAUACUUUGUGUUCCUACUAUGUCAGCUCUUAACUCCCCCCACUGUUCUGCGGGAGCCCACGGCUGCCUUAAGGAUUCUUUAAAGAAGAGUAGAUUUAUCAGCCCCUUUUGCUGGGAGAAACAUUUGUCAGUCAUCUAGCUACUACUGACAGCAACUCAUAAAAUGAUCAGCAUAUAUGAAGUAUUAUACAUUGUUAAGUAGCAGUAUUCGCCAUUUCUAUCUGAUAUUUCUAUCUGUAGCAAUGGAGUAUCAGGCUUUAUAACAAAGUGUAUUAAAAUUCUCUUAAUUAUUAUGUAGUGUCAAAAGAUAUGGAUUUGAGGCAAGGUUCCAUCACUUGUUAUGGAUUGCCAUCACUAUUAAUUUAGCCUUUUUUUUGAGUCCUUACUGUCUUGACUGCAAAACGGGAAUAAUGCUUGUUCAACCUACCUCACACUUUGAAAAUAAAAAUGUAGAACGUGAGCUGCUAUUAUUACUGUACCUUAAAAGUUCGAAGCCAAUAAAUCAAUAAAGUAUUUGUUCUCUCCUA